UGGGGCUUUGCCGUGCAAACUCUACUAUUCCUUCGCCCACGGUGCAGGAGUAUUCUGUCCACUCUUAGCGAUAAUGGAAGAAGUCCUAGGAAAAAUCGCUCAGUUUGCCACAUACAGUCGCGGAAACAGCGUCGUGUGCACUUUGCUCUGCUGGCUUGUUCGAGUAUACGAUACGUUUUCGCAGACAACGAUCAUGAUCGAACGAGCGAACAUAGUCGUUAGAUAAAAUUUGUUGGAAAGUCACAGUGUUUUGUUAGUUAAUUGUUUUACAAGACUGAUCGAGAAUUAAUCGAUUCGUUCGCAGAUCCAAAGCGAGAAGAUGACGAGUUUGCGAUCUUUGGGAUUUUCACGACGUUUUAUCGUUGGUGCUCUUACGGUUGGCGUUUUGGCAUUGCUGGCUUGUGAAAAUCUAUCUAAAGCAGACGAGGUACCGGCAUUCUUCUUGAAAAUUGCCAAGAACAUUCCUCGUGUAGGACGUAGCGAGGGUUAUAAUGAUUUUUUGAAGUCUCGAAGGAACAUUCCACAGAUCUCAGGCUAUAAUAGUCGUGCACAGGCUGAAUCCUGGGCACCGUAUGCUAGCGACAAAACUUUCUCGAGACCUAUAAAGAGACGCGUGGAUUAUCCUUCGAUUGAUGAUGCUUGGGCUUGGCAACACUUUCCCCUCGCGAUAGAAGGACCUCGAGAACUCUGGCGAACUUUGGCUGGCUAUUCCAAAGACACAUCAGAUGACGUGGACAACGACGUAUGGAAACGGAAGAAGAGAACGGGAAAUGAGCCUGUGAUUUCAGAGGAUAAUUAGCAUUAAAGAAGCGAGAUGAUGACGUCGCUGUGCCUACGGAUGAAUAUACUUUAAUGAUUGCUGUCGGUGUAAGGUGUUGGGUUAAAUAUCGAGAACAAUAAAUAUGUAAAUAGGAGAUGUAUUCUUUUUUCAAACGUCAUUUUCUCCUCUUACUUCGAAUGAAACCCUUAUUUUAUGAUUUGGCGAGACACAUGCUAAUUUUGUAGAAUUAAAAUGUUCUUUUUGUGUCUCUUUACCCAAAUGACUAACUGCAAACGCAACAUUGUAUAUGCUGAACAAGUUUCUUUGUAAUUUGUCGCACAACUGUUUCUCUCGUCUGCGUUUUUACCAAGUUUUUCUUUAUGCUAGUAGUGUGCUUAAAGCUAUUAUUCAAGAGGAAAAUUGCUAACACCAAUCAUGGAAUAUCGAACAAAGGACAACAUGUAAUCUGAAAAAUUUCGUUGCCAAAUUUCACUGGCAGAUGGUUUUGCAUAUGCCAUCGAUCGCUGACAUUAAGAAAAAUAAACGACUGACACGUUUGACGCAUCUGCGUGCAAACUGUUCGACAAUCGAACCGCGCGAAGUAAUAUCGAUUUUAUGAACCUUCUGCUUCGUACGUGUAAUAUAUCACCUAAAUCUUGCAAUUCAGAGUUUUUGAAAUUUAUUGUAUCGUGCCAUUUCUUUUUUUUUUUUUUUUUUUUACAUUAGAUUGGAAUAAAUGUGUUUCCAUUGACGAAGGAAUAAUUUCUUCUUCUCCAAAUUCCGCAAAACCUC